UUAGACUCGGCGUUUCUGAGCGUGACGGAAUGCAACCCGACGGUGGCUUAUCUGCAGACCUAUGAUAACGGCGACAAGAGGGUUGGAUCAUCUAUGGACUUUGCACGCUGAUAGCAGACGGAAUUGUUCCAUGGUGCCACAGGGUGAGAGCGGGGGUGUGGGAAGAACCCCCAAACGCAGUCAAUGCUACUUACUUAACCGGCUUCUGCGAGGGUUGACAUGUACGCUGCGCGCUGAUUCGGUCGCCGUCGGAAGCUUCCUCGACAACAGCCAGACUUUAAUAGUCCCGGCUGCCCGCAGGGAGGGAGCAGACAUCAUCUCUGACCAGAAAGCAACAUUUCUUUUCUUCCCUAAAUUCUGGAACAAGGCUCGUCAGUCUGUACCAAUUGCUGGCCGACACCAUGGCCCCGACUGUGGACAGAAACGCCAUCCCCGGCACAGUGACCCUGGUAGAUCUACAACAUGUUCUGGCGACCCGCCACCUGGACAAGGGCGACAGCGACAUUGUUCUUAUCCCCGAGCCCUCGGACGACCCCGAUGAUCCAUUGAACUGGGCGCCGCGCCGGAAACUGCUUUCGACGGUUUGUGUCAGCGUAUAUACCCUGUUCGCGGGAAUCGCAUGUUCCGUUGUGUACUCGGUGCUCACGCAGCUGUCGGACGCCACUGGCGUCUCUGUUUCAACCCUGAACGAGGGCACCGGGUAUAUGUUUUUGUUCGCGGGCUGGGGGCUUCUGUUCUGGCAGCCAUUGGCUUUGCAGUAUGGCAAACGCUUGACGUAUAUUUUGUCACUGGUUGGGAUUUUGGGCACGUCGAUGUGGGGCCCUUACAUCCACACCAACGGCCAGUGGAUCGCGCGGAGCAUCAUAUCAGGGUUUUUUACUGCUCCGAUCGAAGCCCUGCCGGAGGUCACUGUCACAGACGUGUACUUCACCCACGAACGGGGCACCUACAUGGCCCUCUAUGCAUUCUUCCUGGCCGGGAGCAACUACUUCGCCCCGGUGAUCUGCGGCUUCAUCGCGGAAUACCAAGGCUGGCAGUGGGUGUUCUACUGGCCCAGCAUCUUCUGCGGCUGUGCCAUUGUAUUUCUCUUCUUCUUCAUGGAGGAGACGAACUACGAGCGCCAGCAUCGAACCGCGCCGGAUCCGCAAUUGACGUCUUCCACGAGGACGUCGGAACAGCACGAGAAGGAGAAGGCUCCCUCCGGACUGGUUCAGCAGGCGGACACGGAGUGUGGCGUCAUGUACAAGAAGAAGAGCUAUGCCCAGAAACUCUCGCUGCUGGGUCCGCGACUGCCCCGAAACAACAUGUUCCGACGGCUGUGGCAGACGAUAUACUAUCUGAGCUGGCCGGUGAUUUUCUACGCAGGGUUCUCGUACGGGUCGUACCUGAUCUGGUUCAAUGUGCUCAACGGCACUGCCUCGAUUAUUCUUGGUGGUGCGCCAUACAACUUCAGCUCCUCAAUGGUUGGUCUGAGCUAUCUAGCCUGUAUCCUGGGCGUAGUCUUUGCCUCGCUCCUGACCGGCCGGUUCAGCGACUGGCUCACGAUCCGCCUGGCGCGGCGCAACAACGGGGUCAUGGAGGCGGAGCAGCGGCUGUGGCCGUUUGCCCUCUGCCUGGUCCUCGUGCCGGGGUCGCUGCUGCUCUGGGGGGUGGGCGCGGCGCACCAGGUGCACUGGUUCGGGCUGAUCGUGGCCAUGUGUCUGCUGGCGAUGGCCAACACGUGCGGGAUCACGCUGAGCGUGAACUAUCUGGUGGACAGCUACCGCGAGCUGAGCGGCGAUGCGAUGGCGACGGUGAUUCUGGUGCGGAACACGAUGUCCUUUGCCAUUGGAUACGGGAUCACCCCGUGGGUCGACAACCUCGGCUACCAGAACUGCUUCAUCUCGGCGGCGUUUGUGGGCCUGGCCUGCGCGGCGGUGUUCCUGGUGAUGAUCAAAUGGGGCAAGGGGUUCCGGGAGCGCAGCCGGGAGAAGUACUGGGCGAUUGUGGAGGAGAACCAAGCCAAGGGGAUGGGCCAUUGAUUUUGUGAUAGAUUAACCCGACAGACAUAUCAGACAACAAUCCAGAUCCGCU